UCGGACAACUACGUUGAAUUCAAACAUGUUCGCAAAGGCGAUAGUAUUUCUGUGCGCGGCGAGCUUCGUCUCCGCCGGCGGCCUCUUGGAGGCAGCUGCACCCGUCGCGUACAGCUCGGCACCCGCCGUCUCCACCGUAUCGUUCUCCUCAGCGGCUCCGGUAGCCACCUACGCUGCAGCACCCGCGUACACCACGUACGGUGCCGCUCCAGCCGUCACAACAUAUGGAGCUGCCCCAGCCGUAGCUGCAUUAUCCGCCCCAGUGUACGCUAAGGCUGUAGCACCUGCAGUGUCCUACACCUCAGUCACCAGGCAAUCUUCUCCCGUGACCUACGCAGCGGCUGCUCCAGCUGUUUCAGCAGUAUCUGCGCCCGUCGUAGCUAGGACCUACGCCGCAGCUGCUCCUGCCUACGCCGCGUAUACCGCUCCCGCCGUAGCGACUUACUCCGCCCCCGUCUUAACCAGGAGCUACGCCGCUGCCGCUCCUACUUAUGCUGCGUACUCUGCUCCUGUUGUAGCAAGGACCUAUGCAGCUGCUCCGGCUUACGCGGCCUACACUGCUCCUGCAGUUACAGCCUACUCAGCCCCUAUCGUAACCAAGACUGUCGCUGCUCCUGUCACUACAUAUGCGGCAGAGCCCGUACAAACAGCUGUGACAUACUCUGCCGCACCCGAUGUAUCACACGUUGCUUACACCGGUGUCAGAGCCAACUAUGGAUGGUAAAACCUUGUUUAACAUUGAUAUUUAUAACUCAGAGGGAAUUAACCAAUAUGUAUAUGAUUCAAAACAAAAAUCCUAAUAAAGGCUGAUAAUAAGAA